AUGGACUCUCCAACAUCAGAACAAGCGCUCAUUGGCAUAUUAUAUGCUUUGUACAGCAUCAAGAGUUUGCUAAGACAGCAACAGCAACAGCCAACACCCCAAAUACAGCAUAAACAAAAAGCAAUACUGCAAGACGACGAUGGACAGUCCACCGACGCUAGCAAAACGGUCAAGAGAGGGUUACCACUCGUGCGCACACAUAGCAGCGAUAGAAUCGCUACGCUCGGUCAUCGACAGGAUCAUCCGCUCAUCCACAUUGAAGAAAUCCCCGAACCAGAAAUCAACGGCGUAAUUUCCACCGACGUCAAGAAUCUACAGCGGUACAAGAACGUUGUCGCUGGCGGCAUGCGAAUCCGGCCAGAUGGACGACUUCCACUUCCUUUCUCGCAAAGCUAUCUUGAAAAGCUUCCACUUGACGAAGUGACCACUAUUUUGGACGCCAUAGAGAAGCAGACAGUCAGGAUUUCCAAGGUCAAUCGUGCAUACGGGGAUGGUUGUUUGGGAGUGCCAGUUGUUUUUGAUAUUCUCGAUUAUUCUUUGAGUCCAAUACAUGAUCCUACGGUCGAUGUAACACCGAGACAAAUAUCAUCCAGCGAAGGAAAAUCAUGCUCGAUAUCAUACUUCCAAGACCCGCGACUCUCUGGUCAGCCCACGAUAGUCCUCCCAUGGGCAAGAGUAAUGUCCGUACUCGAUCCUCGUCUCCGCAUCGCACUAACCAACCUCAGUGUCUGCGAGGGAUUCUCGCACCUCGAAUGGGCCGACAACAAAAUAGAAGCAGAAAAGCUAUGUCCCAUCCUCUUCGCCGACUUUCACAACCAGAAAACCACCGAAAAACUCGUCGAUCAUACUUUCAGACCAACUGGACAAGUGCGAGAUAUGUUGGUUCAACAUAUGACGUGUGCAAGACAAGAUCAACUAGGUCGUAUUAAUCAGGAUGUUACUAGGAGUUUCCAGCCUCUGUUUCAUGCGACGAUGUUUAAGCCUACGCUGAAGGUUGAGGAAGAUUGGAAACAGAGAAUUGGCCCCAGUGGAACUUUUGAUAGUAGUAAGAAGCGGUUCAGACUUAAAAGUGUUACUGUCCUGAUAUCCGAAAACUCCUCGGCGACAUCCAAUCAAGAAGAAUCAGAUUUCACUUUCCUAAUCCUUGCCCCUUCAAACUUCUACGAGUACGCGACCUUCUUGGGAGACGGCUCUCGCUUCAGUCCGAUCCAGUACGCGAGCUCCAGACACGCCCCAUUCAACGACGUCCAAGACGCAAAGAUCCAGAUCGUACUCCAAAUAUAUGAAACGAUCGAAAAGCAGAGCCUGCAACUGCGAGAUUAUGUGCUACGACAGUGUAAUAAUGACGACGACAUAAGCUUUCUGGAAAGCGACGAGUAUGUGGAUUUAUUGUAUGACGAUGAGGCAUUUCGAAAGCCUAGUAUCUACGCAUGGGCUGUCGUUUGCCUGGGCUCGUUGGAGCAGAAUCUAGGAGACCUUCUUUCUGAAUUGUUCUUGUUCCGGAGCGAGGUUUCGGCUAAUAACAAUGAUCUUGAGCGUCGAAUCCGGCAGUACUAUGAGGCGACAAUGAGAACCUCGCCGUUCGUGUCGUAUGCUAAAUUUAUCGAAACAAGAGGAGACGAGGCACGACUGAAGCUAUGCGCUGCGCGACGACUCAGGGCUCUGGUCCAGCAGAAACGCGACGAAUUCAAGGCAUUGAGAGAUGGAUUAUUCUCCGCAAACAGUGUGAUUGAGGCGCGGCGGUCUCGCAUUUUGGCAGAACAUGUCAGACUUCUGACAUUCGUCAGCAUAUUCUUUGCACCUCUCGCUUUCUGCGUAUCCCUUUGGAGUCUCCCUGUCAUCGCGGACAGACAUCGUGACUUCGCAACACCUCUAGUGAUAUCGACCUGUCAGCCAAUAUUCGAUAGCUUGAGAGCCAAAAUCCUAUGUUUAAUGGCUAAUGAGGAGUUGAAACUGGACGGAUUGGCGAAUGAUUCGGAGACAACCGAUUCUGAGAAUACCAAUAGACCAAAGAUAAAGUCUUCAGGAGUUAACUGGCAAAAGAAGGCAAAAGAGCUUGAAGUGUUUCCGAGAAGAGAUCUUAAUCCACAACCAUCGGAAUGGUGGUUCAUUGCUUAUGCGCUCAUGUUGGUAUGGAGAGGCACCAUACGACUUGGCCGCCGCUCCAAGGAACUCACAAGCAAAACGAUGCGACUUCGAAUUAGAAGGCAGGCAUUUGAUGAGGGUGUUGAUAUAGAACAGAACGGUAACAUCGAACAAAGCGCAAAAAAUAAGCAAGAGGUUGCUCUCGAAGUUGACAAGACACAGAUCAAGGUGACAACUAUAGGUUGA